CAGGAUCACUGAGCUGCUGAGCGGAGAGGUUCCUAUAAGGUGUCAGGAUGUCGCUGUCUAUUUCUCCAUGGAGGAGUGGGAGUAUUUAGAAGAACACAAGGAUCUGUACAAGGACGUCAUGAUGGAGAAUCACCAGUCCCUCACAUCAUCGGAUGGAUCCAGUCAGAGAAAUCCACCAGAGAGAUGUCCCAGUCCUCUGUAUUCACAGGAAAAGCACAAUGUCCCACUGGAUCAUCAAGGAAGUUCUGGUGGAACGACGAGUGAGCUCAAAAAUCCCGGAUCAGUGUCCGCGAAUGGUAAAAAUGGGAUGAGAGUAUACCAUAAGAAUCUUCAUUUAUCUUCCUAUAAUAAAGCAGAAGAUAGCAAUACCACACAAGCUAAUUCAAUAAGCCCUAAUGUACCCUCAGUCCUUCAUAGCGGAGAUAUAUCCAAUGAUACCGCUGGUCACAAGAAACCUUCAUCUAAUCAAUCACUGACUGGCAAAACAAGAACUAAACACAAGUGUGGAAAAAUAUUUUCAAAUGGGACACCUUUUAAGAAGAAAUCUAAUCUUUCUUUACAUGAGAGAAAUUGCAGAGAUAAAAAGUCAUUUUCAUGCUCUGAAUGUGGAAAAUCUUUUACCAGGAAAUGUAUUCUAGUUGGACAUCUGAGAACUCACACAGGGGAGAAGCCGUAUUCAUGUUCAGAAUGUGGGAAAAGUUUUAUGUUGAAAUGCUCUCGAAAGAAACAUCAGAGAACUCACACAAGAGUGAAGCCAUUUUCUUGUUCAGAAUGUCAGAAAUGUUUUGGUCAGAAAUCUGGUCUUGCGGCACAUUUAAGAAUUCAUACAGGGGAGAAGCCAUUUUCAUGUUCUGAAUGUGGUAAAUGUUUUAGUCAGAAAUCAAAUCUUGUGAAACAUCUAAAAAUCCACUUAGGGGAGAAGCCAUUUUCAUGUUCAGAAUGUCAGAAAUGUUUUACUCAUAAAUCUGUUCUUCUGAGACAUCAGAAAACUCACACAGGUGAGAAGCCAUUUUCAUGUUCAGAAUGUAGAAAAUGUUUUACCCGUCAAUCAUAUUUUAUUCAGCAUCUGAGAACUCACUCUGGUGAGAAGCCAUUCUCCUGUAUUGAAUGUGGAAAGUGUUUUACUUGUAAAUCAAGUCUUGUUAACCAUCAGACAAUUCACACAGGAGAGAAGCCGUUUCUGUGUCCUGAAUGUGGGAAGUGUUUUCGUAUGAAAGCAAUGCUUGUAGCACAUCAAAGAAUUCACACAGGAGAGAAGCCAUUUUUAUGCUCCGAAUGUGGAAAAUGUUUUAGUGAGAAAUCCGAUCUUGUGAAACAUCUAAGAAUCCACUUACGAGAGAAGACAUUUUCAUGUUCAGAAUGUGGGAAAUGUUUUAGUCUGAAAUCACAACUUGUUGGACAUCAGAGAACUCACACAGGGAAGAAGCCAUAUUCAUGUUCAGAAUGUCAGAAAUGUUUUAGUCAUAAAUCUGCUCUUAUGGAACAUUUAAGAAUUUGUACAGGGGAGAAGCCAUUUUCAUGUCCUGAAUGUGGUAAAUGUUUUGGUCUCAGAUCACAUCUUGUUGGACAUCAGAGAACUCACACAAGGGAGAAGCCAUUUUUAUGUUCAGAAUGUGGAAAAUGUUUUGCCCAUCAAUCAAGUUUUAUUCAGCAUCAAAUAACUCACACAGGGAAGAAGCCAUUUUCAUGUCCUGAAUGUGGUAAAUGUUUUGGUCAGAAAGGAAAUCUUGUGAAACAUCUAAAAAUCCACUUAGGGGAGAAGCCAUUUUCAUGUCCUGAAUGUGAUAAAUGUUUUGUUCGGAAAUCAAAUCUUGUGAAACAUCUAAAAAUCCACUUACGGAAGAAGCCAUUUUCAUGUUCAGAAUGUGGAAAAUGUUUUAGUCAGAAAGUUAGUCUUGUGAGACAUCUAGGAAUCCACUUAGAACAGAAGUCCUUUUCAUGUUCAGAAUGUGGGAUAUGUUUUAUUCUUGAAUCAAGUUUAACUCGGCAUCAGAGAGCUCACACAGGGGAGAAGUCUGACCUGUCUUCAAGAUAGCUCAUCAAUAUCAGAUUGGGGGGGGGUUUCGACACUCGAGAACCCCAACAAUCAGUUGUUUGAGGAGGCCUCCUUGCAGCUUACAAAGCACAAUGCUUUCCAUUGGAGAACGCAUGUGCUUGGUAUUGCAGAUUAGUCUCAUUCACUUGAAUAUGAGAGGAUAUUAAGAGCGAUCAUUCCAUAUUGUUCCUGUAAUGCUAAUGAAAUGAUAAAGCCAAAAUGACAGCCAGCAAACACGGCAUACCAGACAUACUUUGCGCAAGCCAUCACACUCUGAACACCCUUGAGGGCCAGGGUACUCUUCACCCACCUCCAGCAGGAAGGGGGACUUUGGCAGAGCCCUUUCCAGUUGUCAAAUAGCAGGGCAGCUGGGCACACCAUGACACUAUGCACUGGUGAAUAGGGAAACACGUGAAUGGUCAGUAAACGUAAGCCAGGGCAAAAGAACCAGAAGACAACCAAAACCGAAGCCAGAGACAAUAACCAAAGAAACCACUCACCAGAUACUUAAGAUACAGAGCCAGGGAAGCAACUGAAUAACCAGCAGUGAAUGGGGGGGGCAGGUUUAAAUUUUCCUCCACAGAUCACCUGACACUGCUGAGAUCACACGCAAUCGCCACCCUCAGCCCAGGGAAGCAUAGGUGGGUCCUGAGAGUGUGCAGAGGAAGGAACCUCCCAUCACAUGUCUAAGUUAGGAGACAUAAAAACAGAGUUUCCAUGGCAACAGCUGACGCUAGAGGCUCUUGCAUCCUGGGACCCCUGACCAGCGUCAGCGCUGGGAAUGAUGGCGUUUUGUCUCCCAGCAGCACCACGAUCCAGAAUGAAUCUCACAGAGUGACGUGCGUGCAUAAAGCGCAAACCUUUACUAGCUCUGCUCUCCGCAAGGGGUGAGGGAUGCCCCGCCGGAGGGCCAGAGACCCCCUGGGAGAAUGAGAGACAAGUCUGCGUGGUGACAUACUUUUGGCAAGACUGCGUCUGGUUGCCUGACAGUUUCACUAUAUUUCUUCUAGUUAUUAAAUGUAAUGUAUAUUUUGUUGUCAGGUUUCUUAAAGAAAAUAUCAAAAAUAAAUAUCCAUAUAACUGUGGUGAAAUUAUGGUAGUAAUUGUGUGAAACAUCAAAUAUAUUAGAAAACUGACCAACUAAAUAUGUCCAUAGAAAUAAAGGUCCAUAGAGAUGCUAAGGACCUGCAGUUUAUCUUCGUACUUGACAACACAGGGUAAAUCCCAAACAUUUUAGAGACAUUUGUUUUGCAAUUUUGCAUCUGUAAGAGCGGGUCUAGGUAAAGAUCAGUAGCGAUAUAUGUCCCAUGAAACUGUAGUAGGUGGUCAGAAAAGCUUUAGCUAAUGCUAGCAGUGGGCCCUCCCAGCUGCAAUCCAAUUAGCACUGGUUAAAACAGAGUGUGAAAUAUAAGUAAAUAUCUGGUAUUUAUUCUUUAACCUGUUUGCAAGGAUUUGAACUUCUCUGGACAAAAUGCCCAAGACAGGUACACAGGGACAGUUUUAGACAGUGUGGACCUGGCAAAAAACAGAAGGUAUGCUUUUUCUGUCUGAGACCCGUGUAUUAAUCCUGCCUGUUUCUCAACUCUGAUUCUUCGCUGCCUGCCCUAACCUUGGAUUGCUUUCUCGUAUACACUAGUAUGCUGCCUGUCCUGCCCUUAGCCCGUCCCCUGAUGAGGCAUACUGCCUGACUCUUCAGUGCUUUGCACUAGUGUCUCUUAUCUCCAUCAGUCAGCUGCCACAUACAUUGGGAGUACUCCAGGAGGAAGCAACCAUGUUGGUUCCCUGCAGCAGAGUCAAGAUCUCUAUAUAGGGGUUAAACAGUAAAUACCAGGGUACAAGCAGGACAAAUGCCCUUAGGUUUAACCCAAAGCCAAAUCUGUUAGUUGGCACAGUGUGUCCACACUGUUACAGUAAUCUCAGGCCAUGCAGCCCACUGAGCCACUCCAGAUAGGACUACCAGAACUCUUCCAACUAUCACAGGAAAAAUACAGAUCCACUUAUUCCUAUAUGAUGUUUCCACUCGCUUGGCAGUUAUUUCAACAGUCCCUGCAGUACUGCAGUAAUCUGCUUUGUGAAGAUUUUAGCUGCACAUAGACUAUCAAACAGUUUUGGGAUCUCGUAGUGGGUAUCUAUUCCUGACUGUAAUUUUUUUUAAUCCCUGUCUAUCAGUGCAGGGUUGAUGAGAACCAUCUUUCUUUUUUUUUACAAACAAAAACCUCUGUGCAGAUUUUCAUUAAUACAGUCUGCCAUAGGUUAAGUCUCUAAGGAAGAAAAAAGAUAUAGAAGGACUGGAGGAGGUGUGGACCCAGGAAUCAAUUCUAUUGCACAGUGGUAAGGACGAUAUGGUGGCAGUGAUUCGGCUUCAUUCUUGUACAAAUUAUUAGCUCAACCAUAAUAUGCUUCUGGCAGACCAAGAAGGUUUUGUGGUGUAGCUGGAGGAUGAGAAGGCUGUACAGGGGUCAAGCAGUUAAAAAGGCAGGAUGAAUCACAGUGCAGAAUUUCACUAGAACUCUAAUCCAGAACAUCUAUGCUUACAGAGCCAGGGGUGGGACAGCUGUCCAUCUGGAGACCUGAGCACAUAAGCCCUUGUCCCAAGAACUUGGUCAAAUUGUAUUAUCAACUGUCUGUGGUGUAGCUGGCCAGCUAAGACCUUUCCUAGGUUGCUAAUACAGCUUAUUUUUUCAUACAGAUAGACCUGCUAAUAAUGUGAUACACUUUACAUGUUUAUAUGUUAAAGACAAAAUCAGAGUUAUUUACUGUGACUUCAUGUUUUGGAUGUCAUGUAACCGUUAUAUAUAUUGUGUUCAUAAAAGCAGAAAAGAUAAUAUGCCUUUUAAUAUUCAUUAUAUAGAUGUAAGGUAAGCUCACUGACACAGUAGACACAACAGAAAGCAUAGAGUUAAACUGUUGUUAUUGAGCAGGGGUCUGGACCAAUCACAGCCAGCCUCACACUGCCUAGGAGUCUUGGACACUCAUAGCCAGCCUCACACAUAGUCUGUGUGGGAAAUCCCCUAGCUGGAAAUCAUUAUUCACCAGAGAGAGGAGCUAAACAGACACACAGUUCCAGUCAGAG